GGCGAGAGCUCCGCCCGGCUCCGGCUUCCCCCAGCUGCGGGAACCCGCGGGCGCCGAGGGGGCGGACCGAUCUCCGCGGACCCCGGCGUCCUGGGGCGGCCGAGGCGGGCGAGGGCCGAGCGCCGGAGACCCCGAGCGCCCCGCGCCCCAGGCACCAUGCGACCCGCCGCGCCUCCUCGCCGGCCCCGGGCUUCGCUCUCCGCUCGCUGAGCCCCGCGCUCGCCACCGCGGCAAGUCGCAAAGACGAGGCGGGUCGCUGGAGAGCAGCGGGGACACCGCCUCGGACGUCCCCUCCGCCCCACAGAGGCUGCGGGUCCCUCGUUCUCUGGGCUUCUCUAGCUUUUCCAUGAACCUGGCGCAAGCUUGGCUUUAGGAGAAAUUCAGAAGCCGGAGGGGAGUCAGUGCAAUUCUUUGGUUGCUAAGCGUGAGUGAAGACAUCCGGGAUGGCUCAGGGAUCUGGGGAUCAAAAAGCAGUGGGAAUUGCUGACCCAGAGGAGAGUUCUCCAAAUAUGAUAGUCUACCGCAAAAUCGAAGACAUCAUUACGAAGAUGCAAGAUGACAAGACAGGUGGUGUGCCCAUCAGAACAGUCAAGAGCUUUCUCUCCAAAAUUCCCAGUGUUGUCACAGGUACUGACAUUGUACAGUGGCUUAUGAAGAACCUUUCCAUCGAGGACCCAGUUGAAGCAAUACACUUGGGAAGCCUUAUAGCUGCCCAGGGCUAUAUCUUUCCGAUCUCAGACCACGUUCUCACCAUGAAGGAUGAUGGCACCUUUUACCGUUUCCAGGCCCCAUACUUUUGGCCUUCCAACUGCUGGGAGCCUGAAAACACCGACUACGCCAUCUAUCUCUGUAAGAGGACAAUGCAGAACAAAGCAAGACUGGAAUUGGCAGAUUAUGAAGCGGAAAACUUAGCAAGACUCCAGAGGGCCUUUGCAAGGAAGUGGGAAUUCAUCUUUAUGCAAGCAGAAGCGCAAGUGAAGAUAGAUCGGAAAAAGGACAAGACGGAAAGGAAAAUUUUGGAUAGUCAAGAACGGGCCUUUUGGGAUGUGCACAGGCCAGUGCCAGGCUGUGUGAACACAACAGAAAUGGAUAUCAGGAAAUGCCGACGUCUGAAGAACCCACAAAAGGUUAAAAAGUCAGUGUAUGGCGUGACAGAAGAGUCCCAGUCGCAAAGCCCCGUGCACAUACCCAGUCAGCCAAUCAGGAAAACUACAAAAGAGGACAUCCGGAAACAGAUAACAUUUUUGAAUGCACAGAUUGACAGACAUUGUUUAAAAAUGUCCAAAGUGGCUGAAAGCUUAAUUGCUUACACGGAACAGUAUGUGGAAUAUGAUCCUUUGAUCACGCCGGCCGAGCCAUCCAAUCCCUGGAUCAGUGACGAUAUCACUUUAUGGGACAUAGAGAUGAGCAAAGAGCCCAGCCAGCAUCGAGUCAAGAGGUGGGGCUUCUCUUUCGACGAGGUAUUAAAGGACCAGGUGGGGCAGGACCAGUUCCGGAGAUUCCUGGAGUCCGAGUUCAGCUCAGAAAACCUCAGGUUCUGGUUGGCUGUCCAAGACCUCAAGAAACAACCCCUGCAGGAUGUGGCCAAGAGGGUAGAAGAAAUCUGGCAAGAGUUCCUGGCUCCAGGGGCCCCAAGCGCAAUCAACCUGGAUUCUCACAGCUACGAGAUAACCAGUCAAAACGUCAAAGAUGGAGGGAGAUACACAUUCGAAGAUGCCCAGGAACACAUAUACAAGCUGAUGAAGAGUGACAGCUACGCCCGCUUCCUCCGGUCGAACGCUUACCAGGACUUGCUGCUGGCCAAGAAGAAGCCAGAAAGUGAGCAAGGUCGUAGAACUUCCUUAGAAAAGUUCACUCGCAGUGUGGCAGCUCUGCAGGAAGAAACCCCAGCUCCAGGCCCAGAUGCUGAACAGGAAGUGGAAGGCUGAGGCUGCAGGCAGGGGGUGCAGCCGGCAGACAGGCAGGGCACCCCACCAGCCCAGCAGUAGCAGCUCCCCGCAGGAGGCUGUUUCCCCUCCCCCGCAGCAUCCUGGCGGACAGCCACCCACUCCGAUGGAAUGAGUUCUCAAAUACCUAGACUCAGCAGAGCCCCCAAAGGGCUUUGACCUCAGUCAAAAAAAAAAAAAAAAAUCCUUUUGGGCCUCCAGCAAAGAACUCUUGGCUAAAAAUCUUUAUAUAGGGUUGGUCUUGAUUGCAGACAAUCUUUGGUCCCUUCUGGAACCACUGGGUCGGACUGUCAUUCUAGGAUCUCCCACGUCAGAGCCCGGAGGCCCAGCAGUAGUGAAAUCGUGGCUGGCCUAGGGAUGGAGAAGGACUUCCGUGGUAGUAUUUGGGAGGGGAAGCGUAGACUGCUGCCUCUCUCAAGCAGUGAGGACUUCUGGGACCACGCAGAAUGGCUCCUGCUUCUCGCCACAGCUUACUAGCUGGGCAACCUCAGGCAAACUGCUAGCCCACUCUGAGCCCUGGUUUCUUCCUAAAUACGAUGGCUUGGACUAAAUAAUCUCUACAGACUUUUCCAGCUGGGAGUGUCCAUAGGUCUGGGCUUCUUUCUAGGCUAAGAUUCCUGAAUUGUAUGAAUCAUCUCUCAGAAUGAACAAAGAGCUAGCUGCCUUCCUAAUGGGAAGGCAGCUGCCAGCCUUGGAGACGGGACUGAAACUAUGGAUAGCAUUGAGUUGGAUCUGUAUUUAAAAGUCCUGGGCAAGGCUGUAAGGAUAAAGCACCAGCAGAACUAAGAGUGCCAUGGGCUCCCUAAGCCAUAGGCCUGCUCAGAUCCCCAGGCUCACACACCCUGUGACCCUUGAAGGGCAGGGAGGAGGGGUCCCCAGAAACGCAGUCAGCAACAUGCCUGCCAGUUCUUCAGUCCCCGCCCUUCCAGAGGGACGCCCAGCUGGGUGUGUAGGGGGAGGUAAGGGGUAAGGUCCACUGGGCAGAAGGGCAGCCUCCAGAGUGGGUGCCGUGGCACCCCACCCUCCCCAUGCCUUGGAGGGCUUGGGAAGGAACACAAGGUGAGCAUCUGGGGACCUCAGCAUCACUCUGUGGCUCACCUGCUCCCACACUUUCUGGGUCCCUGGAGAACCCUGGGCCAGCUGGCCACUGUCCUCUCUCAGAGAUGGGCAAAAGGAGGUUACCCGAGUGUGUGCUAUCCUGGUCAUAGCUGGUGGUCAGUGAAGCCUCCUCUGUCCCUCUCCCUCCAUCUUGGCUCCAAGUAAAGCUCCACAAUACUUAAUUAAGCUCCACUUACUUAAUAGUAGAGGGUUGUAGUUGGAAAAGGCACAUGCAAAAGUCUAUUUUUUAUACACAUGCUAUAACAUGUCGGACAACCAAAUCAGCUUGGCUGCUGGGAG